AUGGUUGAUUAUCAGACUAAGCCAAGACCGCAGACUGUAUCCCACACGACGCAGUUAUAUUAUGGGCCACAUCAACUUAAAAACAUCAAGAGACAAGUAGAAAGACAGUUUACUAGGAGAAGGCCAAAAUCGGAACCUGCUCGAAGAGUAUUUAUAACACAAUCAAACGGCGAUCCCGAAUUGGAGAUACCAGAUGCAUCGAUGGUUCAUAAAAGCUUGCCAUAUACAACAUAUUCUGCCCGACUUGAAAUGUCCAGACGAUAUGCUUCAAGUUCCAGCCAUAAAAGAACAGCUUCUGCAUCUACUGUGCCUAUGAAGGUACCAGUAUCGCCACAAUCCACCAUUACUUCCCUUCCAACAUUCCAAACAAAACCAAUAGAAAGAGAAGAACCAACGCUUUGCCCACUACCAUUUGCUACUCCUAAAAGUCCAAUCCAAUUCAAACCAGAUACAUUGCCAGGAUAUUACAAAUCUUCUCCUGUGAGAACUCCAAAUUAUGACAUUCCGGAUAAGGUAACCAUUAAACCAGAGCCUCAUCCUUCCUUCACUAAAAUCCAACAAAAAGUUAAAAUUAAUUAUGUGCAAAAUUUAGAAGACUGUAAAGACGAUAAAGUCCCAAGCUAUGAAUUGUUACCUACUGAAGUUGUCAGGAAGAAACCAACGGUUGCACAGCCCGAACGAUUUCUUGCUCGAUAUUCUGAAUUUAAUAAUAGUCGAAUGAGGCAAAAACUAAUGUUUGUUAAAUCGCAUCGAGUUGAUCGGUCAUAUUAUAUGGCAGGUACCGGACUUGAAUUAAAGGCUAGAGCUUAUAAACCAGCUGUUUGUGAGUCGGAAAUUUUAACUUGCACUCCAGUUUCUACUAUAGAAUCUCUUGAAUUUGAUCUAACUACAGAAGAUGGCGAGAGUACAUUGAAUGAGUCUAAGGAUGAACGAUUGCGAGAAGGUGCCAUAGGCCGGCUAUCAGAAGGAACAGAGGAGUCUGAUGUCGAAGAUCAAGAAAAUGAAAUUGAAAAUUUGGCGGAAAGUCUUGCUUUACAUACUUCUCCCAGGAAUCAGUAUGAUAAAAGAGAAAAUUUAAUCUAUCUCGAUAUCAAAAGAAGGGGUGGGAAACCAUUAAGAAAAGGUCUACAGAGUGUUGAGUACGGACAGUUUGUACCCGAAGAUCCAAGUAAUACAAAGUUAAAUCAAGUAGAAACCAAAAUUGUUACUGAAAGCUAUCCUGAGCCCCAAAUCAUAGAACAAGAACCUUCUAGUUCGCUACCAGUAGAUGAAAAAGAGAUUGAACCCAUUAAUGUACUGCAUUCAUUAGGUAUUCAAGGUAGAGCAGCUAAGUUUGUUACCUCCAGAAGAAAACCUACCAUUCCAAGAAAGUCAAGAACACAAAAACUGAAACAAAAAUCGAAAAAUCAACAGCACAAUCUAUCAUCGGUUGCACCGGUUGUUGAUCAGCAUGAAAUGGAUCAAGAUGGAAUGCCAGCGAUAUCACCAUCUAAACCAGAAAAAUCCAUUCUAAGAAAACGUACUUUUAAAAAAUCAAUUACUUCGUCUGCUAUUCAAAUUAAGAAAGGUCUACGAUGGACUCUUGAUGAAGAUGAAGACAACAAUCCACAUAGUUCUAAGGAAGAAAAAGAGCCAGUACUGCCCAAUUACAAUCAUGAUGUUUUUCUCUUUUCCAAGAGGGCUGAGUUUCUUCGAAAUUUACGCAAAGAUACGGUAACCUCUGAUAGUAGUAGUAAACUACCGAAAUGGAGUCUUGCUAGCGACGAUGAAGGGAGCGCAUCGAGAUUGAUUUUGAAGAGUGCUCAACGGCAUAGCGAUAGCUCUUUGAACAAACUGACUCAAAACCUUGCUACAUCAUCAGCAAAAUCCAAGCGAGAAUUAAGAAAAUCGGUUAGCCCUUCUAGCUUAAGGGCAAUUGAUGAAUUGAGUAUCAGUAAAAAGAGUAGUUCCGAUGGAGAAUACCAUCGAAUUUAUGAUGGUGAAAUUGAAGUAGGCAAAAAGAGUCCUUUGAAGAAAACUGGGCAUAGAAAGAGUAAAAGUGGUCGAAGUUCUUCACCAACCCAUAUUUUAAGUGGUACCAUCGUUAGCAAGCAUAAAAAAGAAGAUACUACAAGACGUCGCCAUCUUUCUAGUACUAAAAAUAUUCGCAUAAGAAGUAUUGGAGAAUUAAGUAGUGCUGGUUAUGAUCCAAUUAAAUUAUUACACGACAAUCCCAGCGGACUCAAUAAAUUAGAGUCCUUCCUUCGUUUGCAAUCCAAUAGCGGUUUAUACGAUGAUACUGCUUCCACUAUUAGCGAUCUUAGAAGUGAACUAAGCUUGAUGAUGCAAAGCGACGAUGAUGAUGAUGAGAAUUUCCAAUUGCCAGCCAUGUAUACCUUUACUAGCGAACCGCAGCGCAAGGCAUUUGAAGCUAAAUUUGAGCAAUUGGAUGUUAAUGGUGAUCAUCGCGUUUCAAUAGAGGAAUUAAGGCGGAAAAUGUUUGCCUCUGUCGAUGAUCAUGCGGUUAAAAAUUUGAUGAAUUUAUUUGAUCUUGACGGGGAUGGUGAGAUUGAUGUGCGGGAAUUUAUCGUUAUUGCGUCUUUAAACGAUAAGCUUUCGGGCUCCAGAACUAUCAACGAAGAGGCGCUACUAGAAUUCGACUUGGAUCGAUUAGCUCAUUUAUUACGUAGUUAUAGGGAAAUGUUCUCCUUAAUUGAUCACGACGAAGAUGGCUACUUGUUAACAUCUGAAUUAUCCAUUAUGAUUUCUGCUGCUAUUGGUAUCAAAUUAGGAACCAACAGAAAUUUUGUUCGCAAAUUAGUCCAUUUAAUUGACAAGGAUCAUAGUGGAACGAUCGAUUUUGUGGAGUUUAUGACCUACAUACCAUUUUUUGUUCAGCUUCACGAAGCUGUCGUCAAUAAACCAGUAUUCGAUGAAUCUACAGGAAAGGAUCAAAAAGCAUUAGAAAGAGAGUUCAAGAAAAGCAUUAAAAAGCACCAUCAUUAA